CGCUCACGCGGUUCCGGCUACUGAUGAUGUUGGUUUCCCAAGCUGUUUGCAGAGAAACUGAGGCACCGAGAGGGAGCGACUGCUCCCGAAACCCACAGGAAACCCGUUUCCCUUCCUUGGACCCACUGUGAAAGACUUGGCCUCGGGUCAUCGGCAGUGUCCCCGAAACUCCAAAUUUUUCUGGCAAGGGGGUGGUCAAGGAGACAUUUAGGACUGGAGUGACGGAGCAGUGACUGUUCUUGUGCCGUGCUGCAGGUGAGGACGUGAAGACUCUGAGAGUGAACAAGGUCGCGCUUUGGCGGCCGGGAUUUUGAACCCGGACUGAGCCCAGCUCUGAGUCCUGCGAGGCCUUGUGGAACCGAGAUGACCCACUCUUUGGUUUGUCCAGAGACAGUGAGCAGGGUGAGUUCGGUGCUGAAUCGUAACACUCGGCAGUUUGGAAAGAAGCACCUGUUCGACCAGGAAGAGGAGACCUGCUGGAACUCGGACCAGGGCCCCUCCCAGUGGGUAAUACUGGAGUUUCCCCAGCGCAUUUGUGUCUCCCAGCUGCAGAUCCAGUUCCAGGGGGGCUUUUCCAGUCGCCAGGGCCGCCUAGAAGGUUCUCAGGGGAGUGAGGCUCUUAGCAAGAUUGUGGACUUUUAUCCUGAGGACAACAACUCGCUUCAGACUUUCCCUGUGCCAUCUGCUGAGGUGGACCGGCUGAAAGUGACAUUUGAGGAUGCCACUGAUUUCUUUGGCCGAGUGGUCAUCUACCACCUGCGGGUGCUAGGGGAGAAGAAGGUGUGAGGCCACUGGGUGGCUGCCUCCUCCAGGAAGUCCUCCGGGAAGCACAGUGAAGUCCUUCAAGUUCUGCACAGAAGGUUUAUUGGUUCCUCUUGGAAAGGGCCCCCUCCCACCAUCUGUCCAGGAGCUGCCUUUGAAGCCAGUUCUGGGUUCCCCCAGCUCUGGGUCGACCAUUUUGUUCCCUGAGUGUCUGAGUCCCUGGCAGACGGAGUUCACUCAGGG